AUGGACGAGCAGGAUUCGCACAACACAAUGGUCCCGCUUCUGUUCUUGGUGGCAACAACAACAACGGCCAAUUCCAGCAGCAAUGGCAACCGUACACGAGAGGGCGUCACAUCCACCGGACAACACGUCCUCCCCACAGUGCUGGUCCUCUCCCUGCUGCUGCUCAUCAUCGCGCUCCUGGCCUGGUACUUCCUCAGGUUAAAAAACCAGAGGAAAGCGGUGGUCACCACAGUGGACAAGAAGAUACCCAAUGGAAUCCUGGAGGAACAAGACCAACAGACGGUGGUCCUGCUGCCCAGAUCUGCGUCGGCCUCCAAGAACUACCCCCCGCUCGCCUUGGAGCAUCUGGAGGACGAGUACCGGCUCCGCUCGGCCGACGACGGAAAGCUCUUCCGAGAGGAGUACAACUCUCUGCCAGGGGGUAACGCCCAGGGGACGUACGAGGAGGCCAACAAGGAGAACAACAAGGAGAAGAACAGAUACCCCAACAUCCUUCCAUAUGAUCACUCCAGGGUGGUGCUGACCCAGCUGGACGGCAGCCCCGCAUCCUCCGACUACGUCAACGCCUCCUACAUCGACGGGUUCACAGUCAAGAACAAGUUCAUCGCAGCACAAGGUCCGAAAGAGGAAACGGCCGCCGAUUUCUGGAGGAUGAUUUGGGAGCAGAAAGUGGCGACGGUCAUCAUGCUGACCAACCUGAAGGAGAGGAAAGAGGACAAGUGCUACCAGUACUGGCCGGAUCAGGGCUGCUGGACCUACGGGAGCGUGCGGGUGGCGGUGGAGGACUUCACCGUGUUGGUGGACUACACCAUACGCAAGUUCUGCAUCCAAUACCAAUCCACCGACGCCGCCAAAACCACGCGGAUGGUGACCCAGCUCCACUUCACCAGCUGGCCCGAUUUCGGCGUGCCCUUCUCGCCCAUCGGCAUGCUCAAGUUCCUCAAGAAAGUCAAGGCGGUCAACCCGCCUAUUUCCGGGCCCAUAGUGGUCCACUCGCCGGCGUCGGUCCGGACGGGAACCUUCAUCGUCAUCGACGCCAUGAUCGACAUGAUGCACGCCGAGCAAAAAGUGGACGUGUUCGGCUUCGUCUCCAAGAUCCGAGAACAGCGCUCGCAGCUCAUCCAGACGGACAUGCAGUACUCCUUCAUCUACCAGGCCCUGCUGGAAUACUUCCUGUACGGGGACACGGAGCUGGACGUGUCGUCUCUGGAAGGACAUCUGCACAAACUGCACAACACCUUCAACACCGGGGACCGCGUCGGCCUGGAGGAGGAGUUCAAGAAACUGACAAACAUGCGCAUCAUGAAGGAGAACAUGAGGACGGGGAACCUGCCUGCCAACAUGAAGAAGAACCGAGUCCUGCAGAUCAUUCCUUACGACUUCAACAGAGUCAUUCUGUCCAUGAGGAGAGGGCAAGAGUUCACAGAUUAUAUCAACGCAUCUUUCAUAGAUUGCGCCUAA